AUGGCUAACAAUUAUCCGUUCGUAACUGAAAAAAAUCAAGAAGAAUUAACAAGGGAUGCAAAAAUUCGUGAACUUUGGAUGAAAAAUAUUUGUGAUCAUGAUAAACACGCAAAAUUCAACACUAAAGAAACUUUUGAUUUUAUUAUCGUGGGAGCUGGUACUGCGGGAUGUGUGCUUGCCAGAGAAUUGAUUCAUGGCAUUCCGAAUAUUAAUAUUCUGGUAUUGGAAGCUGGAGGGCCUGAUGUUCAUUCCAAUGGUUUAAUUAGUUUGCCAUGUACUUGGACUAAGGCCUUUCAACUGAAUGACCAUGAUUGGGGAUAUGUUACUCAGGAACAAAAAGUGCAAAGCUGUUUAAAUCCUACUAAAGAAAUAGUAAGAAAUAAGAUUCCUUAUCCACGCGGAAAGGUUUGGGGAGGAUGUCAGGCGAAAGGUUACAAUGAUUGGGCAGCUCAAGGUCCUGAAUACAAAAUUUGGGAUUGGGAUCAUUGUUUGGAAGCGUUCAAAGCAAUGGAAAACAAUGCACGAGAAAACCCGGAUGAGAAAUUUAAACAAUUACAUGGAUUUAAUGGUUUACUUCACGUGCAAGAUUGUCACAAUGGGAUCUACGAUUUUAUGUCAGGUUUGAUUGAUGCUGCGAAAAACCUUGGAAUUCCUUAUAAUGAUGAUUUCAACGGUGAAAGACAAAAUGGAGUUGGAUCAUUCCAGUUUACAAACCAAGAAGGAAAAAGAUGUUCUUUGGCUGAAAGCUAUCUAAAAGAUGCGUUAAAAAAAGUCGAAUUACAUUCAGGUUCAGAACAUAAAUUUGGGAAAGUUGUUGCCGUAGAUAUUAGAUCAUAUUCUCACGUACUAGAGGUUAUUUGGGACGAAGAGAAUGAAAAAGAAAACAUUGCGAUCGGUGUAAGAUACUUUUGCAACGGUACAGUGCGUGAAGCUUUUAUUGCACCAAAAGGAGAAGUUAUUCUUUGUGGUGGUGCUAUUAAUAGCCCUCAGAUAUUGAUGCUUUCUGGUGUUGGACCGAAAGAAAACCUUGAAGCAAAUAAUAUAAAAAUACGUAAAGAACUGCCCGUUGGAAGAAAUUUGUUGGAUCACCCAAGUGUUUAUUUUUUUGCAAAAUCAAAUCUAGAUGUAAUUCACCAUUGGAGUUGUGGAUCUGAAGUUGGGAUAAUGCAUAAAGCUAACGUUGAAGGAAAGAUUCCUAGCAAAGAAGACUUUUUUGACGAGAAUCCUGAUAUUGAGAUAAUUGGACUCAAUACCAAUGGGAUUGUUAUAUUACCUGUUCUUAAUGUCCCAUCAAGUGUUGGUUAUCUGGAACUUAAUAGUAACAAUCCAUUCGAUCAACCAAGAAUAUAUUUAAACUUUUUCGAAAAAUCAGAUGAUUUAUAUAGAAUGAUUAGUUCACUUAAGUUAUGCCGUGAAAUACUUAAGCAGCCACCAUUGAGUACUGUUUAUAAUGUUAAGGAAAUUGGGAUAAAUGAUGAAUUUGGACAAUGGAGCACCAACGUGGAUGAUAUUAGUGAUGAAGAAUGGGAAAAGUUUGUUGUGGAAAAGGGAGUUACGACGUUUCAUCCAAGUGGAACAGUAAAAAUGGCACCAGAAUCUAAAGAUGGAGUAGUCAAUCAUCGACUUCAAGUUUAUGGUACAAAAAAUCUUCGAGUUGUUGACGCAUCGAUAUUUCCAUAUAUUCCAAGCGGAAACACUAAUGCACCCGCAGCUAUGGUUGCUUGGAAAGCGAGUCGGUUAAUUAUUGAAGAUUAUGGUUCUGACGUAAAUUUUAAACUUAUACGUGAAGGUUUACAUGUUGAUCAAAAGCAAUUUUAG